AUGAAGAGUACGAUCUUGGAUCGUUUCCAAAAACAUGCUCUUUAUCAACUCACUGUAGGCUUCAGGCGAUCAAGAUUCCUUAAUGGCUUCGUCAACGGUAUAGAUAUGAGAUCAGCAAAUGUCAGUCCCGGAGAUCUACUUGCAACACUCAAUCGGGCAUUGGAACAAUACAAUGUUGUUAUGUUCGAUGUUCAUUCGGAUUCUCUCGGAGUUGCCGCUAUCAGCAUGGAAGAUAUGUCCCCGGGAUCAGCCAGUUCCGAUCCUCGUAUUCCGAUUUUCGAGGAGGUAAUGGAUUUGUGCAGACGUAAAAAUGCUAAAGCCGUGGUCAAAGUACGACAUUACAAUCAUCAGCUCUUCACUGACAUCCUUGAUUAUGUGAAGCGAUACAACCUAUUCCCUCAUGUAGUUGUCACCAGCCAUAAUCCUGUUGUUCCGUACAUGAUCAAGAAGAGAGACUCACAAAUUCUUACAGGCUUAUCAUAUUCCCGCCACGGUAUCACAUCGCGGUUUGCAAGGACUGAAGGUGAUAGUCAUUUUUACAAAUACCUAGGACAAUUCCUUGAUGAUGCGGUACAAUUUGCUGUCCAGCAUUUUAUACUUCCGAAGUUCGUUGGAAGCGAUUUGCUCUUUGUAGAUCAGGACGACAUCAGUCUGAAUUUGGUCAAGGCGGCUACAGCAAGAAACAUUACAAUAGUUGGUACCCUUGUUGACGGGGCUGGAGAAGAAAGUUGGAUGAAAGACGUUGCGAAGGUGAGUUUAUUCGAUGAAAAGCCGCAUGAAGUCGUUUUACGUUAUCGUAUUAGCAAUGAGAGAAAGGCUAAUACGAAUGUUGACAUAUUUCGGAAAAAGGAGAAAGUGACGUUUCUUAGAAGGAAAGUGACGUAA